AUGUACCACCGCAUGAGAGGCCAUUUGUCAGCCGGCACUAUACGAGCGCCUACUGAGCAAUUAGAUUUGUUAGCUUGUACCCGAGCAGCAUCACGCCCCCGCUCAACAACAGAUGCUUGGACUAAUAACCUCUCGAAGUUUCCCUUCAACCCCUCGCCACCCGCCGCUCCUGAGCUACCCCAGCCUCCCCCGACCCAACUAAGAUAG